AUGGAUAACAACAGUGGAAGUAGUAAUACAAAUAUUCAAAAAGGGAAACCAAUACCAACGAUAUCACAAACACCCACCACUUCAUCAUCAUCAAUAGCAACAACAAUAGCAACUGAAGAACAACAACAGCAACAACAACAACAACAACAACAAUUCGAUUCAAACAAUGAUUUUAAAUCAAUAGUUUCAUUAAUUUUUAGUGGUAAGAUUCCAUUGACUUUAGCGGUUCAAUGGUUAUCAUCAACUAAAUCAACGAAAUACUCUAUUUCAAAUGAUUAUACAUCAAUUAGAGAACUUAAUCAAAGAUCACCAUUACAAUUCUCACACUACUUGGUAGAUGAACUUAGAAAUGCAUAUAAUCAUCUAUUCACAAGUAAUAAUACUAUAUUAAGUAAUAGUAUUACUGGUAGUGGUGUUAGUGUUAGUGGUGGAAGAAGUAAUCUUCAACAACAACAACAACAACAGAUACCAAAGAUAGUCAAUGAUUUCCCUCCAUUACCAAGUAAACCAACAAACAAAGAUAAAGAUAAAGAAAAAGAUAAAGAAAAUAGUAAUCAACAUCAGCAACAACAACAACAACAAUCAGGUUUAAAACUAAAUAAUUUACCAAUAAUAACAAAGAUUGAAUCAGAUCAAAUAGAUUCUAUAGUUGAAUUAUACUCUAAUAUCUUAUUUAAUAGAUUGUAUCGUAGUAGCUUGAUGUCAGAGUUAAACUUUCUCAUAAAGAUACUCAGCUCUCUUCAGAAACUGUUACAUCUACUUUCACAAUGGCAUCAGUUAUCGGCCACACCAGAACAACAACAACAACAACAACCAUACCAACUAUUUACCAACUUAUCAUGGACACUUCAUUUUGUAUUGCGAACACUCUUUGCCAUACGACCACUACUAAAUACAUUGAACCCAAGAUUACUAUUACAACUAUCUGAUAAUCAAAUUUACUUAUUACUAAUAACAUUUAACUUUCGAAAUUCAAUUGAAAAAGUAUUGACAAGUUCGAUAAGAUGUUAUCGAGUAGUUUGA